AUGAAGAAGUGGAUUAAGACCAAAGUAAACGAAAUCGGCGAAAAAGCCGUGGAUUCUAUGGUUAAUUUAAUCUUCUCAAAAAAUGACACACCAAUAAAUUAUUUCAACCAGAAUCCCCUUAUUAAUGCAAUAACAAAGAGUGUAAACUCUCGCUUUGCAGUGAAACAGUCAAACACCAAGCUGGUGGAUGACAAUUUGGAGAGGUACCCAGCAAUUUGUAACUUUGAUCUUCUAAUCACUGAAGGAAUAUUCCUGCUGGUUUCAGACGGGAGUAUGGCACACACCAAGUAUUUUUCAAACAUAAACAGAGCAACGUCCUCCAAAAGCAGCUCAGCAACAUCCAACAUAUCACUCUCAAAUUUGGAUAGUCUUCGUGAAUCAGAACAAACAGAUAACUCAGUAAUGGGCCCAAUAAGGCAUACAAUGAUGGUUGAUGAGAAAAAGAAUAGAAUCGAGUUUGAUUCAGUGGGACCAGUAAAACCGAAUUUUUGCAAGUAUAGAAUAGAAAUUGAGCUCAACAAUAGACGUUCUUCGAGUGAUAGAAGAAGUAUGCAGGACGAUUUUAACAGAGUCAUCUUUGAUUAUUAUUUUACAGGCAAAGUGUAUAAUAUAAAUACGGAUGUUUUAAUUUCACUCUGGUGUGAACUUGACAUGAACAAAUGCGAAUCUAUUGAACAGUCUGAGCCAAUUUACAAGAGGCAAAUUCAGCCAAGAAAAAUAUCCUCAGUCCAGUGUCCAUCGAUUUACGCACCCAGAACUUCAACACGCUCCUACGAACCAUCUGAUAACACGCCUCUUGGCUCAGUACCAGACGAGUCACCCAAAACAAAUUUAUCGGAAUUUUCAGCUGAGUUAUGCUCAGGCACUGAAAACUUGUACAUUAGCUCUCAGGAAACACUUUCUAAUACCAAAAAUACUAACUCAAAUACAAACCAAGUUCCUGAUAAAGAGUGUAAGGAAGAAAAUGUUGAUAGUAAACAACAAAGCCGUGAUAAUAGCCCAAUAUUUAGGAGAAAGAAGACUAAAAAGGAAAAGUCAAAUAAGGAUAAAAAGGACGUUACAUACGUUUCAGAUACAGAGAAAGAUUCAUCGGAUGCGUAUUUAGAGUUGAUGCUAGGGAAGGAAGAUAAAGAUAAGUCAGAUAAGGAUAAGGAAAAGGAUAAGAAUAGUUAUACCAGAAGAUUGGGCAGAGCAGUCUUGUCAAUACCACUUAUACUCUCAUCUUUUAGGUCUGAAGGAUCACUAGACCUUCACGAAGACUUGAAGUUCUUAAUUAAAUAUUCCAAAAGGGUUGUUUCGAUAAAUCUUGAUCCUUCAAACCCAAAGGAUGAACAUGUAAGUGAAGCUGAACAAGAUCACUCAAGCACUAAUCAAACUAAUUUUAAUCAAAAUGGUAAUAAAUCAGAAUCGGAGAAUAAAGAACUGAUGAAAAAAGAUAAUAGUCUAAAUAAUAAGGAAGGUAGAUAUAAAAUAAGAGGUUGUUUUUGGUUGCACCUGUUUCCAUUCAACGAGAAUAACGAUUUUAAAUUUCUGAGGCCGUAUUGUGGAUACCAUUCAUAUGGGAUGAAAAAUCCUGUUGAUUCCAUAGGGUUCCUGCUAGUUACAGUGCAACUGACCUUUGAUGUUAAUCCCACACUGUUGCCGAUUUUGAAUAACCUAGCACCGCUAGGAUACCAGUGGAUUCUCCCUAAAAAUUUCGAAAUGAUCCACUUCUACUCACUAACAGAUAGACUGUAUAUAUACAUGUACAACAUGCCAAUUUGGAUCACAAGGCUGCUUUUGGGCGGAACACAAAUUGUUUUUAACCCGAAUUUUGUAGACGAUUGCAUACGGAAGAAAUUUAAAGACAAGCUUAAAACUUUUUGUAACAUUAAGGAUAAUAGCAAAGAUAAUAGUGUAAAGGAUGAUGAUAAAGAAACCCUAGAAAAUAAAGGGGAAGAUAAUAUACCCAGAUUCUGUACUUAUAAAGUUUUCCAACUUGACGGAAUUGACCUGCUGUUCCUAAUACCAUUUUGGUUUCUGAUUUAUGAGCUGAUUGUAGUUGCAUGUUUCUGGAAAAUCCCACUAAUUCUAUACCUCUUGGUUAUACUGGUCAUGAUAUACUACAAGGUGGUCAUGGACCGUUUUACUGACUUUGGAGACCGUCUGAAUGUUUUAAAAAAUAUGCAACCAAAUGGAAUUUUGGGCGAUUUUGUGGGAGUAGGCAGAACCAAGUACAAGAGCUGUACACUCUUCACAAGUGAUGACACCAAAUUAUAUAAUCUAGACGGUUGGUUAACCAGUUCAACCUCAACACCAGCAACUAGUCCAGAUACAACUAGUCUCAAAUGCAACAAAGUAAUUAGUUCCACAUCUAGGGAUGAAAAUAAAGAACAGAACAAUGAACUAAGCCAAGAAAAUGUUCCAAAGAGCCCCAAGGAUACUAAAUCAGAGAAAAGUAGUGAAAAGAAUAACUAUUCAACAAAAAGUAGUAAGUAUUACCCAAUGAAAGAUGACAAGUUCAAUAAUUCGUUGUUUGAGAAUCACCUGUACAAGAAGUUUAAUCUGAUAAAUAGGUCAGGAGUUACAGCCACAGACUCUUUAGUAUCAACGCCUUUUGGAAAAUACAAGUUAAAUUUCCUGGGGCUGGGAGAAGAGUAUCCAAUUUUUUUUGACGAUUUUGCAGAUUUUGAUCUGAAAGAACUAGUGAAGGACGUUUUGUUAUCCCUCAAGUUCAUCCAGAGACUGCUUGGUUACAUUUGUAUCACCUCCGAAAAGCUAAGAUUCUCACUAGAUACAGGCUUUUAUCAGACUACUGUUCUAACAGUGUUCUUCUUGUCUGUGACCCUUCUUCCCCUUGCUCUGUUUUUAAAAUUACUUUCAAGGUUUUCUUUACGCACCUUUAGAUUCACAAUCUUUCUUUCAUUUCUUUACAUGUGCAUGAAAAGGCAUUUCAAACUCAUGUUAUCUGACCUUUUAUACCUUUCCAGAAAGGCUAGAAACUUCCCGACAAGUCGUUCUGAAAACAGAAACAAAGUUGAUAAUACCAACUUGAGUCUGUUCGGUGAUAUGUUUGGUUAUCCUCUGAAGGUGGUUAGGAAUAUCCUUUGGUUUAUUCCUGAAUUUUACAAGAAUUGGUUCAAAGGAUUACCUGACCACAGGGAAAUUGACCAUAGAAAGAUUUGCGCUUUACAGGCCCUUCCCUCUCUCUGUCACUUAUUACCAAAGGAGCAUGAAAUUGACUGGAAGUAUUACAGGCGUCAGUUCAAAAGCCACUACAAAGUGUUUGGGAACAGCUCGAACAUUACAGGAUUUGACCUCAAAAUCUAUGCAAAGUGUAAAUCACUCAUUGAAAGGACUAUUCUUGAAGAGUACCUUUCCAAUAAUUUGCCAUCUGAUUUAUCUGGCGAUUGA